AUGCCGCCGAGACCACGCCUACUUUUAGUCCCCGCCCCAUCAAACAGCGACCACGCCCCCCACGGCAGCUGCGCCCCGGAGACUCCCCUUGAGGAGGCCACGCCCCCCAAACAGAGAACCCCGCCCCCAAACAUAGCCCCGCCCCCUCGGCCGGUUGGCGGCGGGGUCACCGAACGGGACCGAACCGGACCGGACCGAGCGGGACCCGAGCGACCCCAGCGCCCCUUUGAGGAGCGGCAGCGUCACCCCGGACCCUCCUCGGGCACGGCCAAACCUUCAGCGGGUGGAACCGAACCGGGAGAGAGAACCGAGCGGAACCGAACCGGGAGAGGGAACCGAACCGGGAGAGAGAACCGAACCGGGAGAGAAAACCGAGCGGAACCGAACCGGGAGAGAGAAACGAACUUAACCGAUCCGGGAGAGGCAACCGAGAAGAACCGAGAGGAACCGAGCGGAACCGAACAGAACCGAGCGGUACCGAGCGGAACCGAGCAGAACCGAGCGGAACCGAGCAGAACCGAGCGGUACCGAGCGGAACCGAGCAGAACCGAGAAGAACCGAGCGGAACCGAGCAGAACCGAGCGGUACCGAGCGGUACCGAGCAGAACCGAGCGGAACCGAACGGCCCCGACCCUUUCCCGGGACACUCCCGACCCUGUCCCGGCCAGCCCCGAGCCCUCCCCGGGCAGUCCCGGGGCUUUGCGGACCCCGCUGUCCCGUGACCGGACAGCCCCGCCCCGUUCCCGAUCCCGUUCCCGAUCCCGUUCCCGAUCCCGAUCCUUCCCGGGGGUCCCGCUCGGUGCCGGUUCCGGUGCCGGUCCCGGUGCCGGUCCAGCCAUGGCGGCUCCGCUCGCCCCCUCCGGUUUCCAGUUCGCCAUCGACCGCGGCGGGACCUUCACGGACGUGUUCGCCCGCUGCCCCGGCGGCCGCGUCCGCGUCCUCAAGCUGCUCUCCGAGGAUCCCGCGUACCGGGACGCGCCCACCGAGGGAAUCCGCCGUAUCCUGCAGGAGGAGCUGGGGGUGUCCCUGCCCCGGGAUGAGCCCCUGGACAGUUCUGGGAUCCAGUGGAUCCGCAUGGGCACCACGGUGGCCACCAACGCUCUGCUGCAGCGCCGCGGCGAGCGCUCGGCCCUGGCCGUGACCCGCGGCUUCCGACACCUGCUGCACAUCGGCACCCAGGCACGGGCGCAGCUCUUCGACCUGGAGGUGGCCAUGCCCGACGUGCUGUACGAGGAGGUCAUCGAGGUGGACGAGCGCAUUGUCCCCGAACAGCCGGAUUGUCACCUACCCGGGAGUGACACCUGGCCCCGGGUGCAAGGCUGUUCCGGGGUCACCCUCCUGGUGCAGCGGCCCCUGGACCUGGCGCGGCUCCGUGGGGACCUCGAGGGGCUCCUGGCCCGCGGCAUCCGGAGCCUGGCGGUGCUGCUGCUGCACAGCUACGCGUGGCCGGAGCACGAGCGGCAGGUGGGGGCGCUGGCCCUGCAGCUGGGUUUCUCCCAGGUGUCGCUGUCGUCGGCCGUGUCCCCCAUGGUGCGCGCGGUGCCGCGGGGCCUCACCGCCUGCGUGGACGCUUACCUGAGCCCAGGUGUGCACGACUACCUGAGCGGCUUCUGCCGAGGCUUCCGCGACGGCCUGCGGGGGGUGCAGGUGCUGUUCAUGCGCUCCGAUGGGGGGCUCACCCCCAUGGCCACUUUCGGGGGGGCUCGGGCCAUCCUGUCGGGCCCGGCCGCGGGGGUCGUGGGCUACGCCAGGACCACCUUUGACCCCCGGGAUGGGACCCCCGUGAUCGGCUUCGACAUGGGAGGCACCUCGACGGACGUGAGCCGCUACGCGGGCGAGCUGGAGCACGUGUUCGAGGCCAGCACGGCCGGGGUCUCCAUCCAGGCCCCCCAGCUCGACAUCAACACUGUGGCCGCGGGGGGGGGGUCCCGCCUCUUCUUCAGGUCCGGGCUCUACGUGGUCGGCCCUGAGUCCGCGGGCGCUCACCCGGGCCCUGCCUGUUACCGCAAGGGGGGUCCCCUGACUGUCACCGAUGCCAACCUGGUGCUGGGCCGGCUCCUCCCGGAUUAUUUCCCCCGCAUUUUCGGUCCUGGCGAGGACCAGCCCUUAUGUCGCGACACUGCGGUGGCCGCGUUCCGGGAGCUGGCCGCCGCCAUCCGCGACUUCCAGGCGACCUCCGGCACAUCGACGGUGUCACCCGCGUCCCCCCCCGCGCCGCCCUCGGUCGAGGAGGUCGCCCUGGGCUUCGUCCGGGUGGCCAACGAGUCCAUGUGCCGGCCCAUCCGCGCCCUGACGCAGGCGCGGGGACACGACGCGGCCCGGCACGUGCUGGCGUGUUUCGGCGGCGCCGGCGGCCAACACGCGUGUGCCAUCGCCCGCGCGCUGGGCAUGGCCAGGGUCUUCAUCCACAAGCACAGCGGGCUCCUGUCGGCGCUCGGGCUGGCCUUGGCCGACGCCGUGCACGAGGAGCAGGAGCCGUGCGCGCUCCCGUUCGGCCCCGCCGCCUUCCCCCGCAUCGAGCGGCGCCUGCGGGAGCUGGAGCGGCGCUGCCGGGAGCAGCUGAGGGGCGUGGGGAUGUGCGGACACACGCACAUGACCAACACCCGAAUCACCGACCCCGAAAUCCUGGAGCUCAGGUACCCGGUGCUCCUGCGGCGUUUCGAGCUCCGGGCGGGCUCGGGGGGCGCGGGGCGGUUCCGGGGGGGGGAUGGGGUGAUCCGGGAGCUGCAGUUCCGCAGGGACACCGAGCUGUCGGUGCUGAGCGAGCGCCGGGCCACCAGGCCCUACGGGAUGGCAGGGGGGCUCCCGGGGGCUCCGGGGCUGAAUUUGCUGCUGCGCCGGGACGGGAGAAUCAUCAACCUGGGAGGGAAGAGCUCGGUGUCCGUGGAGCCGGGGGACAUUUUCCGCCUGCUGACCCCGGGCGGGGGCGGUUUCGGCCCCCCCGAGGACCCGGGGCCCCCGAACGCCCCGAGCCCCCCGACCCCACAAACAUUCCUGGAGCGCGGCAGCGUCUUCGAGUUCCGGCAGGCGCAGGAGGGCGUGUGACCCCAAAAAUCUGCUCUGGGGUCACCCCAAAAAUCUGCUGUGGGGUCACCCCAAAAAUCUGCUGUGGGGUGACCCCAAAAAUCCCCUGUGGGGUGACCCCAAAAAUCUGCUGUGGGGUGACCCCAAAAAUCCCCUGUGGGGUGACCCCAAAAAUCCUCUGUGGGGUCACCCCAAAUACCCCAGCUAUGGGGCAGCCCCAAAAAGCCCAGCAAUGCCCCUCUAUGGGGCAGCCCCUGACCCCGCUAUGGGGCAGACCCCAUCCCAUCUGCCCCCCACCCCAAUCCUCCUGACAUGCACAGUCCUAUGGGGCAGCCCCCCACUGCUGCUAUGGGGCAGCUCCUGACCCCGCUAUGGGGCAGCCCCACAUCGCUAGAUAUGCACAGUCCAUAGGGCAGCCUCUA